AUGGCAAUUUCAGAAUUCCUCUCUCUCUCUCCAAUAAUGGCAUGUUCAAAGUUAUUUUCAGGAGAUUUGCCAGAAUUAAUAAACGAAGUUAUACAAUAUUUUCGUUAUAACCAUAAAACAUUACAUUCAUGUAUAUUGGUUAAUAGAUUAUGGUGUCGUUUAGCAAUUCCAUUAUUAUGGGAAGACCCAUUUUCAAUUAAAUCCCCUAAAAAUUAUCAUUUCAUUGAAAUUUAUUUACAUUAUUUGAAUAAUGAUGAUAAAGCAAAAUUAAAUGAAUAUGUAAUUCAUAAUGAAUUACUUCCUUCAAACACAUUAUUUAAUUAUCCUAGAUUCAUUCAACGUUUAGAUACAUAUAAAGUUUGGUUUUCUAUUGAAAAAUGGGUUGCAACUGUCGGGACUUCAACAACAAGAGUAAAACAUAUUUUUAGAUCAUUAUUUCUGAUAUUCAUUGAAAAUGAAGUUAGUUUGCAUAGUUUUAAAAUAAAAAUAACUCCAACAUGUGGUGAUAUUAUUGAAUUAAUUUUACAAAAUCCAAAUUUCAUCUGUAAUAUCAUAUAUCUUCAACUUGAUUUUGAUAUGAUGAUAACUGAUAAUACAAAAAGAUUUUUAAUAUUUAUCCAUUCGAAUUGCAAUUCAAUCUCAUCACUUGAUUUUCUAUUCCCAUCAAUGGCAUCAAGUGUAUAUUAUCAUUCAAUAGUUGAAAAAAGCUUAUUACAAAUAAUUAAAUCUCAAGAAAAACUCAGAAAGAUUUCAUUUAGGUUUAUUGAAGAAUAUCCAAUUUACCAUUACUUAUCAUCAUUAAAAAACCCUAAUUGCUUAAAUACAUUAAAUACAAUUAUGUUUCAUCAUAUUGAUUUCAAAAACAUAGAUAUUUUGAGUGAAGUAUUUAAUCAAUUACAUGUUUUAGAAUCAAUUCAUAUUAUUAAUUGUUAUUCUUUAGAUUCUAAAUUUAUUCAACAGAUUAUUAAUAUUACAAAACCAUUUAAAUUAAAAUCUUUAUUUUUGGAUGAUAAAAUAAGUGAAUUAAUAUUAGAACCAUUAAUACAAAAAUUUGGCUGUUAUUUAGAAAAUUUUGGAGUUAAUCACAAUAUAUCACAAAAAUUACUACAAUUAAUUAUAAAAUAUUGUAGCAAAAUUAACUACUUGGGUCCUAUUCGAUUUAAUCAUAAAAAUAACAAGAAUGUUUAUUUAUUAUUUAGAUUAAUUAAAAAUAUUACACAAAAUCUUAAUUAUCUUACAAUUGAAGCCUCUAAUAUUAGCUAUAAUUAUAUAAAUUAUGGUUCUAGUUCAAUUAUAUUACAAAAUUUAGGACAAAUUCUUCCUUUUAAAUUAAAAUAUUUGAAUUUGAGUCUUACAAUUAAUACCAGUGAUUUGGAAAUAUUCUUAAAGAAUUCUCAAAGCACUUUCAUUAAAAAAUUGUUAAUAAAAUAUAUAAAGAAAGAAGAAAAUGAAGAUAUUUUCCCCUAUAUAAAAGAAUAUAUUAUGAAAACGAAUAGAGUCAAGUAUUUGGCUAUUGUGGAGAAUUUUAAUGAAAAAUAUGAAGAUUUAUUUUCCCAGAAAGAUAAAGUGGAGGAAUUCCAAUUAUAUAGUAAUAUAAAAGUUAUGUAUUACAGUGAUCUGGUUAAUAAUACCUUUUAUUCAAUUAAAAGAUGA